CGCCCCUCUGGUCAUACUGGCAGUGCGUAUGCAUCGCAGCAGGAAAAUUUGGGAGGCGAAGAAAAGAAUUAGUUUUCCACGAAGAUCGUUGCAUUUGACGCGCACGAUUCGUGGCGAUGUUCACCACAUUUACGGACCUCGCGCGCCUGUGCAGGAUUUGCCUGCGUCAUCUGCGCGACCGCGACACCCAGUGUCCCGAUCCGCGAAUCAUCGCGAUUCUGCAGAAGUUGCUGGACAUCGACAUUCUGCAGCAGCCGCAGGGAUUUCCCACUGAGAUCUGCAACCUGUGCCACAACGCGGUGGUCUACUUUGAGGAGCUGCGUCAGGUGGCAAGGGAAUCCAGCCAGAAGCUGAUUGAAUGGCAGCCAGUGGACAUCGCGGUCGACAGGGUGAAGGAGGAGCCACCGUACGAUGGACUCGGGGAAAACCAAGAGGAAGAUCAGCAGGAACUACAGGAAGAGCAUGAAAAGCGGGCGGAUGGGCAGCAGGUAGAUCUGCCGGAGAAGCAGGAGGAUCAGAAGGAGAUUCUUGACGACCGGGAGAACGAGGAGUAUCCAGAUGAGUACGAGAACAGCCAGCAACAGCUUAGCCAAGGCUCUGGCAGCAAACGACGCGCUGGCCUGGCCUGCGAUCAGUGUGGCAAGCAGGUGUACAAGCUACCGUACUUGGAGGCCCACAUCCGCAGCGUCCAUCAGGGCUACUCGAAACCCUUCUUGUGCCGCAGCUGCGACAAGUGCUUCACUCGCUACGAGCAGCUGCGCUCCCACAUGCGCAACGCCCAUCCACAGCUGGAGCAACUGCAGCAGGAGCUGCGCGACCUCAUCUGCGAGCUGUGCAACCGGCAGUACAGCACGAAGAAUGCCUUGGGUGAGCAUUUAAAGCGUCAUGCCCAGCGCAAGGAGCACGUGUGCGAGCACUGUGGAGUGGCCAAGGUGACCCGAACGGAGCUACUGACCCACCUGCGCACCCACAAUCCCACCUGGGAGCGCUUCAAGUGCGAGCAGUGUCCGCAACUCUUUCGCCACAAGAGCGCCAUUAGCCGGCAUGUUCGGGUGGUCCACGAGGGUCAGCGGCGGUUCCAGUGCGGUCAUUGCGAGAAAAAGUUUGGCACGCAUGCCUCGCAGGUGCGGCACGAGCGGCUGCACACGGAAUCCACGGGCUCGGGUGAGGCAGCCGAGGAAUGGCCCUUUGCCUGUAUUCACUGCCAGAAGCCCUGCGUCUCGCGACAAACCCUUGAGUUGCACCUACGAAGGCACCGCGCGAGAAAGACGCACAGAAAGCGAAGGGAGCAGAGUCGGGAGAGUCAGGAGCAGGAGCAGGAGCACGGCCGCGAUCAGCAUCAGGACGCUCGGGAAGCUCAACAGGAGCAGCUUCGCAAGAGGAAGAAGCUACGGCAGAGAGAUCUCUCCAGGGAAAGCCACCGAAAUGAGGCGACCACGCAGGCGAACCAGUGGCCAAAUGAGUGUCAACAAGGCCAAGAGUCCCACGAUCCGGAACCGGAUCCGCUGGAGGGGAGUCAGUGCAAGCUAGAGCAGGAGGAUGCACUCGAUCCGGAAUGGCAGCACAAAAUAGAGCAGGACGCAGAAUCGCAAGACUCGGAGCGACCGGAAGGGCAUUUCCAUGACUACAAACUUAGCCCUUCGGAAGCCUAAUGAUCAACUAUAACCAUCUAUAUAUCUAUAUACACUGCGCAUCAUCAAGUUAGCGCCACUUGAGCAAAAAUCUUUGAUUUGAGAUAUUUAGAAAACUGCUCAAGCUAGAGUUUUGAACAUUUUUUUUUUUCAUUCAAACGUUGAAUAAUUCUAUAAAUGAAAAGUUUAUAUGGGAUGCAGUUUGUUGUUUAUAGAUUUUUAUAUAAAUAAAAAAGAAAAACAUUCCAUAAA